AUGGGUUGGAUCGGAGAAACUGUAGAUUCUAUCAAAUCUAUUCAGAUCCGUCAGCUUUUCACGCAGGCGAUCAGUCUAGGAAUGAUUGUUACAUCUGCUUUGAUCAUAUGGAAAGCUUUGAUGUGUGUCACUGGAAGCGAAUCCCCUGUUGUGGUUGUUCUCUCUGGAAGCAUGGAACCCGGUUUUAAGAGGGGGGAUAUCUUGUUCUUGCACAUGAGUAAGGACCCAAUUCGAGCAGGCGAAAUUGUUGUUUUUAAUGUUGAUGGUCGUGAUAUUCCCAUUGUUCAUCGUGUCAUCAAGGUUCACGAGAGGGAAAAUACAGGAGACGUUGACGUUCUGACAAAAGGUGACAAUAACUAUGGAGAUGAUAGACUUCUCUAUGCCGAAGGACAGCUUUGGCUUCAUCGACAUCAUAUAAUGGGUCGUGCUGUCGGGUUCUUGCCUUAUGUUGGAUGGGUGACUAUAAUUAUGACAGAAAAACCUAUCAUUAAGUAUAUCCUCAUAGGUGCUUUGGGUUUACUCGUUAUAACUUCCAAGGAUUGA